AUGGCGGACGUCGAGAUGUCAGGCUCCAAGCCCGAGAGACUUCCUAUCACCGUUGACAAGCCAACUCCCUACACCUUCGACCUGGGACACCUUUUGGCCAACGAUCCUAACCCUCUGGAGCUUCCCCAGGGUGAAUCUCUCAACGACUCGCUCCGAAAUGUCGCCCGCGAUGGUGCCCAAUGCCUACUCAACCAGCUCCUGACAACAUGCAACAUCACUUCCUCAGCCGAGCACGGCGUGCUCCUCUCGCUGCCCGCACCUCAGACACUACUCCCUCGCCACAAGCCGCUGCCUACCCCCAAGCCACCGACCAAGUGGGAGCUGUUUGCGCGCAAGAAGGGUGUCGGCAAGUACAGCCAGCGUCCUGGUGUUGCACUUGCGGAUAAGGAGCGCCGCAAGAAGCUCGUGUACGAUGAGGCAUCUGGCGAGUGGGUUCCGCGAUGGGGAUACAAGGGAAAGAACAAGUCUGAGGACCAGUGGCUUGUUGAGGUUGAUGAGUCGAAGUGGAAGAAGGAGGAGGAUGCUGCUGAGAAGGGCAGCAACAUUCGGGGAAUGUCCCGUGCUGAGCGCAAGGAGCGGAUCAAGAGAAACGAUCGCAAGCAGCGGGCGAACGAUCGCCGGGGUGCUAAGAAAUAA